AUGAAGAGUCUUUUACUGGCGAUCUUCUUUGCUACAGCAGCAAUUGCUGCUCCCGAGUCACGCCGCUGCCGAUGUCAACCCCAUCAGCCAUGCUGGCCAUCACCACAAGAGUGGAAUGCCCUCAACCGCUCGAUUGACGGCAACCUGGUCGCAGUGCAGCCUGUAGCUGCCCCUUGCCACAUCAACCCCAACAGCACCGCCUGCCAGGAAGUCACGGCGCAAUGGUCCAACUCCGUCUGGCGCGCUGCUCAGCCCGGUGCCCUGCAAUGGGAGAACUGGGGAGCCUGGCCGGAACACAAUGAGAGCUGUUUUAUCGAGACUGCGCCAUACGUGUGCAUGCAGGGGCGUAUCUCGCUCUACUCCGCUGUGGUGCAGAACGCGCGACACAUCCAGGAGGCUGUCCGGUUCGCAAGGCGGCAUAACAUCCGUCUUGCGGUCAAGAACUCCGGUCAUGACUUUCUUGGACGCUCGGCGGCUCCGAACUCUCUUCAAAUCUUGACCAACCGGAUGAAGGGACUGCAGACAGUAAAUGAUUUCGUGCCGAAGGGGCGCCGAGACACAAAGGCGAAGGAGAUGUAUGCUGCUCUUGGCAAGCAGAACAGAACGGUAGUGGGUGGCACUGCUCACACUGUUGGGCCGACCGGAGGGUAUAUCCAAGGAGGUGGCCAUUCGCUCUUGAGCCCGUGGAAAGGAAUGGCAUCGGAUAAUGCCCUGGAGUUCAGUGUUGUCACUGCUUCGGGAGAUCUAGUCACUGCCAAUGCCUACCAGAAUUCGGACCUGUUCUGGGCGCUGCGAGGAGGCGGUGGAGGGACCUUUGGGAUCGUCACCCAAGUCACCGUUCGUACAUUCGAGGAAAUCCCGCUCGUCGUUACCACGAUGAACAUCACCACGGCAGGCGGAGAUCCCGCAUUUUGGACCGCCGUGGCUGACUUCCAUGCUGCUCUACCGGCCGUGACUGACGUCCGAGGAGGCGGAUACUACUUCAUGGUUCCCAAUCUGCCGUGGGAGAAUAAUCAGACCCUCUCGGUAUUGAGCUUUUAUCUCUUCCAUACCAAUACGAGCAACACAACGGAGGUUGGCCAGAUGUACGAACCGCUGAUGAAAAAACUCAACGCGACCGCGGGCGUGUAUACUCAAUACAUGACAAUUCCCAUGCCCAGUUUCCACGAGGCAAUGUCAAAGCUCAUGCUUGUCGGCGAUUCCGACGCGACGGGAUCAAUCGCCUUACUCUUCUCCAGGCUGUUCUCGAAAGACCUCCUCACCUCCAAGGACGGGCCCGCCAGGCUCGCUUCUACCAUGAGCAAAUUCCGCUAUACGCCUGGGGAAGCCGUGACCGGUAUGGUGGUGGGAGGCGGCGCCGUGGCAGAGAAUGCUGGCAAAGUCGACAGUGCACUCAACCCAGCUUGGAGAAAAGCGGUUGUGCAUGUUGCCUACACCCGCAGCUGGAGCGCCAAUGCCACUCUGGCAGAGCAGCAGGCCGUUCUCAAGAAUGUUACGGAUGUUGAGCUGCCACUGCUGCAAGGAGUCGAGGGUGCCGACAAGAUGGGCGCGUAUGUGAACGAGGCCUUUGCUUAUGAACCCAAUUUCCAAGAGUCCUUCUGGGGAGGGAAUUACCGCCGUUUGUACAGGAUCAAGCAGAGGUGGGAUCCGGCUGGUCUUUUUAUCGCGCGCAGGAUGGUCGGCAGCGAGGACUGGGAUGAGCAGGGGCUCUGUCGGGUUGCGAAGUGA